AUGAAAAAAAUACAUAGUUGUUAAUUACAGACCUUAGGGUUUGUAAAAAACUAUUAAUCUGAGUGGAAUUCAAAUAAUAUCAUUAACCAUACCCUCUAUCAUAAAUAUGCAUCUUCACAAAACUACUAUUAUACUAGAGAAAUUAACGAGAUUUUAAGUAAGCAACGAACUUCAUCUGUAAUUUUGUUUUAAGUAUCAAAGCGAUCUAAUAAUAGGAUUAUCUACAUUACGAUGAUGAAGAUGAAUACCUUAAAAGAUUUUAUAUUUAUGAAGUGUAUGAUAAUAAAAUGAGAUUACUUAAGGAGUUUUAUAAAUUUCAUAAGGAUCUUCCGAGAUUUUCAUUAUCUAAAUAAAUACUCUAAACUCUAAAUUAUUAUUAUGAUAAGCGUAGAAAAUUAGAUUAUUAUAGAAUCUAGAAAUAAAUAGAGUUUGAAAAUAAAUAAAAUCCUUAAUUACCCUAAAAAGGAAUAGUUGGUGAUAAGCCAAUAGAAACUCAAAGUACACCUAGAUCAGAUAGUAGUAGUUCAACCUCAAAUGUGAAUACAAAUGUUGAGAAUAUAUUGAAGGACAUUACAAGGUAGGAAUCAAAAUAAUAAAUUGAGAUCAGCAAAAUAACUUAAAUCUAAGAAGAAUAGCAAAGUGAGAUUAUUAAAAUAAUCAAUAUGAUUAGCACACCUUAAAUUAAAAAUUAUUAGGUUUUUAAGAAAUCAAAAGCCAAUUUCAAAAAGCAGUUAAAGCUAGAUGAAUUAGGUCUAUCAUUAUCAUCAAGAAUCUAAUAGAAUCCUUAAGAAGCUAAAAUGCCUUUAUCAGCUAGAUAUCCUUCUUAUUCAUUAAGUAGAGUUAAUCAUAAACAUUCAUCACUAUCAAAGGAAAAAACAAUCGAUACUCAUUUAGUAAAAGACAAUUUAUUGCAAUUAAUAAAUAAAUGUUCAACAACAAAAAAAAUUAAGGUAGAAAAUAAAAGUAAUUCACGAAAUAUACCAUAUGAUUAAAAAAAAUUAAUACCUGAAAUUAAAUAAUUAGAAUUAAAAAUAAUCAAGUCUCUCUAAGAAAUUGAGAAGAAUAAAAAUACUUAAAAAAUUGUUUCUUUAGAUAGCAAAGCUUUACAUUAAAUUUUAAGUAAAUUUAAUUAGCCUCUAUCUUAAAGGCAUAUAUAAUAAGUUGAUUCCUUCAAAAGUACUUCUAAUUAAUCUAUUAAAAUAACUAAUAGUAAAAUUGCUAUUUAAAAAGCUUACACUCCAAGAAAUAAGUUUCUGGGUUCUAAACCUAAUGAAACAAAUUCUUAACAUAAUAAAAAAUCAUUGGAAAAAUAGUAAUAAUUAGUUAAAGCACUUGAUCUAAAAAAGUUAAUGAUUUAUAAAUCAGAAAAAUCUGCUAAAACUGAAAGAGUAAAAAAGAAUGUUCCAGCUUUGAAUUUGAAUGCAAUUUAGAUUAAUAAUUAAUCUUCUCUUACUUCGAGAAAUUAAAGUGGAAAUCCAAGUUUUAUUUAAUUAUUAACUCCAAAACCAUAAACCAGUAGAUACAAGGUUAAUAAUUUAAUUCAUUGGUAAGUUAAGGCUAUUUAAGCAGCUUAAAGAGAUUAUAAAUUAUAAUUAAAACCUUAACCUUAAUAAAUGAAAAUAGAACAAUUAAUUUGA